AUGUCCACUACCGCUGAGGAUGCAGCAACCCAAGAGCGUCAAGGAAAUUCCGUCUAUGCAGCACUGGCGCGUACGGCCACCAGAGGCAUGGCAUUAUACUUCUCUCGCCCAGUGCGUCUUUUCAGGCCUUCUAAGGUGAGCGGCUGGCAUUCCCUUAGAGGCCUCGCCACCCUACACGGGGCAUCUCUGACCCCGCACUACAUGGUUUCGCUCGUAAAGAAGCAAGGUUUUAUGGUGAUACCCAAACACUUUAUACCUCCCAUGCUAGUCAACGCUGCGCUGGGAACUGUUCUUUGGACGACGUACACGGAAACAUCUACUUUCCUCGACCUACAUCUCGGUCCUCACCCUACUACUCUCGCCGCUCUUUCAGGAGCUAUGGCGGGAGGUAUGCAAGCUUUGGCUGCUGCACCUGCCGAAAACGUACGGCUCAUUAUCGAAGGGACUGCGGGUAGAAGCUGGUCUUGCGCGUGGAAGGAAGUGUUUCGAGGUACAGAACCUCCGCAAUCCAUGGGAAACCAGGAGACCAUCAGGGAGAUGAGGCAAGUCAGGGACUGGAUCAAAGAAGUCAGGGAUACUGCUGGCCGAGGCUGGGAUGGUUGGGGAUGGGGAUGUGCGAAGGAUGUAUGUGGCUUUGCGGCCUUUUUUGCGAUAUUCGAAAUCACUCGAAGAGUGGCAAUACAUAUGAAGAGCGCAACUUACCGUGUCACGCCUUUGAUCACUUCGGAAGGGGAGCAGGAGAAACGUCUUAGGCGCUAUCUGCCUCGGACUGUUCAUGGGGUAACGCUCGUAACGGGAGGCGCGAUCGCUGGUCUUGCUUACGAGGUCCUGAGCAGACCAUGGGACGCGGCAAGAAAGACUGUCCAGCUUGAUAGAAUUCUACAUUCGCCAAACGAACGGUCUCCUUCGGUCGCGAUCUUGAAGAAAUUUCGAGACGAGGGUCUGAUAUAUUUUUUCCGCAAUCCUACUACUCCUCAUGCAACUACUUCAAAUGGGAGUCGUCGGAUAUAUACUUUCCUUCGUACGAUUGCUCGCGUUGGUCCUUGGGGAGUAGGGUUUUUAGUUUGGGAAGCACUUGGACCAGGGAUACAAUGA